UCAUGCAUGGUGCAUGUGACUUUGGUGAAACUUGUUCGAAUUAAGGAGUUCAGGAAUAUUUGGCAACAUGUUAUCAGGAAAAAGAAGUUUGAUACCAAGAAACAAGGCAAGUCUACUUAUGAAGACAAGGCUGUUCAGGGAAAUAAAGAUGUCUGUAACGGGCAUCAGAAUAUAGGUAACAGAGAUCAGAAUGGGAAACUUAAUAAAAAGAGGAAGGAUGAAGAAGAUGAGAGUGAAGAUGAUGGACAUGAUCAUGAAGAUCCAGCAACACAGAUCCAGCCUAACUUUGUUAUUUUGUUACUGGUUGAUAAUAUGACUAUCAGGAAGAGGAUUCAUGUUCGCGUAGAGCAUGUUCAGCCUUCUCGAUGCAAUGAGGAAAUCAAGCAUAGAACAGAAAAAAUAAUGAAUUGAAGGCUGCAGCAAAGGCAAGAGGUGAGGUCAACAAUACUAAGAGGCAACCUGAAGGCCCCAAACCAGGUUUCAUGGUAGAAGGUGCAACUUUGGAGACUGUAACUCCAAUUCCAUAGAAUGUGGUCAAUGAUCUCAAAGGGGGUUACUAAGUUUGUACUGUGUUGGAGUUCUCUCUGUUUGUUUAUUGCUUAAACAAUUGAAGACUAGAAAAUCUGUUUUUCCCCUCAUAGCCUUCAAAUUAGUGCGGGUUUGGUAUUUUUGUAAUAUUAGUAGAGGUAUUGGCCAUUUAGUUUUGUGUUU